CAUUGUCCAACUUGUGAAGGAUUUGAGAAAAUAAACCACUUUUUUCCAGAGAUAAUCAUUCUUCACAUUCACAUGUUAAUCAAGAGCCGUUUCUUACUCCCCAGACAUCGUUUUGAGGUUCAUUGAUCCAAGCCACGUCUCAGAAGAAAAGCCUCAAUUCUAAAUCUAGCCCAUCGAGUCCAUGUACGGUAUUAGAGUUGCUUAGGGCCCUUUUCUUAGUGUCCUUUAGAUCUUGAAACAACGGCGUGUGUUAAUUCGAACGGCAGACAGGUGGGAAAUGAUGGGAAUUUCAACUUUUAUCAGAUUGAAGCUUUUCUUGGCAAUAAUACUACACCGUGGCGGGAUGUUAUAUAGAUGAUUGUUGGACGAACAUUCAAGAGGCAUGUAGGAUCGUAACAAUAUCGGGAAAGUGUUCACCAUCCAUGGAGCUCUUACUCUACAUACAAGUGUAUGGGGCCAUUCGUAACCUCAACGGGAGAUGAACAUCCGCAUUACUCAACCGCGUAUAUCUUACAAAGUCUGAUGAGGAGCCGAGCAUCAUUUCCUAUUUCUCAUACAAGACCCUUUGCAUUCGUCAACUCUAAUGCCUUGAACGUACAAUGGACCAGAAUCAGGGUAAAACAAAACAUAUCAAACUCGCACGGAUGAUCUGAUGAAGCUCCCGGAUCUAGUGAUCUGUGCGUUAUUUGCCGUGCAUGCUUCUCUUAAAUAAGCUUUUCUAUCCGUUAUCGCCUAUGGGGAAUAUCAUAUAAGUACUGUCUCUUGGAAUGCUGUACUUUGUUGUGGGUUGAAGUCGAAUAUUUCAAUUGUGGUAUCCUAGGGUUUGUCAUUCAUCGAGUAAUUAUCAUGUCCUCACACGAAAGGCAUCUUUCAUCGAGUUCCGUCUCUAGUCAAACCCCAUUGAAGAAGACUCAUAGUCAUGGAUCGAUAUAUCAAGGAAGCGAAGAAUCCCAACCAAAGUUAAAGCUACUUGAAAAUCCUCUGGCUCAUAAUCGAAGAAAAUAUUCGGCAACCCCUCCAAUUCCGAGUCCUAUACAUGAGAUCUCUGGUCCUAUCAAUAUUGCUCGAAAGCAAUCAUACGAUGAAUCGAUCGAGAACCAAUAUGAUGAUAGGAAAGUCGAUCCAUUUUCAAAAGAUGAUGCAGAAGAAGAAAUGUUCGAAACCCCUGAGUUUCGAAGAUAUGAAGAGACUACGAACAUGGAACUUUUCUAUGAUCUCUUUUUCGUCGCCAAUUUGACGACGUUUAACGAUGUACAUGAUGUCAAUGAGGUUGAUGCACUCAAGUCAUAUGCAGGAUUUUUUUGUAUCCUUUGGUUCUUAUGGUUACAAGUCAGUCUUUUUGAUGUUAGGUUUGUUACGGAUAGUGUAUUGGAGAGAAUAGGAAAGGCAUGUCAAUUUGGUGUAAUGAUUGGAUUGGCCAUUGUCGGACCGGAUUUCAAUUCAUCAGAUCAAAAGCCUGGUGCUUUUCGUUCAUUGGCAAUUAUCUUGAUGUUUUCGCGACUUGUUUUGAGCUUUCAAUAUGCUAUUAUACUGUAUCACGUUUGGUAUUAUAAAAAUUCAAAAUUACCACUUUUUCUUGUUGUUGUGGCCAAUGUCAUAGCUGCACUAAUAUAUUUUGGCACUUUUUUUGGGUUCUCGGAAGACACAUCUAAGACUGGCAAGGUGUUCAUUGUUUGGUAUGUCACAGCUAUCUUAGAGACCGCCGUCAACAUUGCUAUAUCGUCGAAGUGGAAAGUCUUGAGCUUUAGAGGAUCUCAUCUUGUCCAAAGAAUGACUUUACUCACUUUGAUUAUUUUGGGUGAAGGUAUAAUUGGAGUUAGCAAGAGUAUUGCAGAUAUUGCAGAAAAAGAGGAGAAAUGGACUGCACCUCUCAUUCUCACUAUUGUAUCGGCUGUUGGAAUAAUUUACAUCCUCUACAUGCUUUAUUUUGACUGGCUAAACCGAUCUCAAUUCGGUUCCAUACGUCAACAAAUAUGGGCAUUUCUCCACUUCCCAUUCCAUCUGGCACUAGUGUUUCUUGUUGAAGGUGCUGCCCAAUUUAUAAGAUGGCGAAAAGUAGUUGAGGUUAUCAAUCAAGUCAGCAAACAAUACGUGGAUCAGUUCAAAAAAAUCCCCGCCAUCGAUAGUCUUGACCUCAAGACACGCUUGGCAAACGUCACUCUAAUAAUCUUCCAGAAAUUCCCCCCAGAAUUCACACAAACUUUUACAGAUACCCAAAGGGCUUUAUUCAAUAUUGGCAAUACGACUCUUGGGUCCACAGAACAAUUGGGCAAUAUUACUACACUAUUUUCCACAGUUCAGGAUUCUCUAUUCGAUAAUUUCGGAAUCGACCCCCCGGAAAGUGAUAAUGCGGUCACAGAUCCUAAUGAAGAAUGGAAUGAGAAUAUUGGAGUUCUCGCUCUUGUGUUCACAUACUUCUUCCUCGCCUCCGGCCUCACCCUUAUUCUCAUGAAUAUCCUCCACGCUCUCAGUCGACCCCACAUGACGCGUGCAGAUAAACUUCGCAGCGCGGUCAAUUCCAUUCUGUCCAUUACAUUACUCGGACUAGCCGGCAUAUCGAAUACCGAUGCGGGAUUUGCAUUUGCGCAGAGUGCGGGGGUUUUGCCGAGUGUGGCGGGGGUGUAUUUUUUCGGUAUGUACUUUUUUGAUUGUUUGUUAGGAGAGAGUGAGGGGGAUGUUUGGAUGAUCUCGGAGAUUUGA